AUGAGUUCGUGCCCUCCCUCCAGACUCUACUCCACCUCCACCGAUGCUCCUCGAUUCUCUUACCAUGUCGCCUCCUCCUUCAUUGCCAAGGACAGGCCAUACGAUCCCUCCACUCACGUCUUCCACUUCAGCCCAUACAAUCGCAUUCAACCCCCUCGAAACCGUCGACCUUCCGCUCGACCCGAAUCUGGACACGAUGCCUUCUUCGUCAGCCGGAUCAACGACUCCGGGUCAGUAGCCUUUGGCGUUGCUGAUGGUGUUGGGGGCUGGGUAGAUUCCGGUGUUGACCCCGCUGAUUUCUCACACGGAUUUUGCGAUUAUAUGGCAUUGGCUGCCCACGAACACCAGACUAGCUCAGAGCCUCCCUUGACAGCAAGACAAUUGAUGCAGAAGGGAUAUGAGGCAAUCUGCAACGACAAGAGUCUCCGUGCUGGCGGAAGCACAGCGUGUGUGGCCAUUGCUGGAGCAGAUGGAAACCUGGACGUUGCGAACCUUGGUGAUUCCGGCUUCUUGCAACUUCGACUCAAUGGAGUUCAUACAUAUUCCGAACCCCAAACACAUGCCUUUAAUACUCCUUUCCAACUAUCCCUCGUACCUCCCAGCGUUGCUGCUCGCAUGGCAGCGUUUGGUGGUGCUCAACUUAGCGACCUUCCCAGGGAUGCUGACGUUACCCAGCACGCGCUCCGUCACGGCGAUAUUCUUAUUCUUGCGACCGACGGUGUUCUAGACAAUCUCUUUAACCAAGAUAUUCUGCGAAUCGCCAGUCGAGUUCUGGUAUCCACAGGCGCCUGGGUAAUGACUGAUGCUGGUGGUGUGCGCGUUGCGGAUUCGCUAGAGCCUCUGGUUGAGUUCCCUGAUGCCUCCGAGGGCAAACGAACAGCUACACUCCAGAGCGCACUCGCUACGGAAAUCGUGACAGCCGCCAAGCGAGCCAGCGUCAACACAAAACUCGAUGGACCAUUCGCCAAGGAGGUCCACAAAUACUACCCCCAAGAAAACUGGCACGGCGGCAAAGUCGACGAUAUCUGUGUCGUGGUGGCAGUAGUUAACGAGACAACCCCCGCUGUAAAGAGCAAGCUAUGA